AUGGUUUCAAACAAUGCUGUUCUGAUGAAGUUAGAAAGUUCUGACAGAAGAUAUGUAGUUGUCAGAACGUCAGAUUCUCAUAUGCAAGAUACAGAAUAUUUUGACGACUUAGCAGAAACUUUGACAUCUGACUUUUACAACCACUUGUUCUCAUAUUUCAUGACAUUAGAUAUUUCUAAGUUCAAUCCAAGACAAACUCCACAUACCGAAGAGAGACAAACAUUGUUAGAAGCAAACAAGAGUGUUUAUGAACUGUUCGUAGAUGAAACUGACUUUGUGUCAUUAGAUGAAAGGUCAUUGUACGAUUCGUAUAAACAAUAUUGUCAAGAAUAUGGUUAUAUGGCAGCUUCUAAACGUACAUUCUUGGCAAAUGUCAAAAGUCUUUUAGAUGUUCAGAAUGGUGUAUAUACAAAGAAAAUUUUUUCUGAGUAA